AUGUCAGUAGUUGAAAUUCAUCGGAGGCUUUUAGCACCAUACGGGGACAGCGAACUACCGCGCAGAAGUGUGUAUAAGUGGAUCAAGAAGUUUAAAAGAGGCCGGACAAGUGUAACACACGAAGAGGGAUCACGGCGCCUGUUAACUUUCACCACUGACAAGAAGAUUCAGGAAGCUCGAGAGAUGGUAGUGGUGAACCAAGUAGAUAUCAUCGAUGAAGUAGCUCGUUCACUGCAGAUUAGUCAUGUUUCUGCCUAUCAAAUCACCCAUGGUGAGCUCGGCUUCCAGAAAGUCCCCUGCAAGAUGAGUGCCAAAAGUGCUACCUGCAAAGCACAAACACAAACGUAUUGGAGUCGUUUACUCGAUCGCUAUAACAAUGCAGGCGAGGAAUGUUUGAGCAGAAUAGUCACACGAGAUGAAGCGUGGGUCCAUAAUUAUGAGGCAGAAUCCAACGGACAGAGUAUGGAGUGA